CUAGUGAGAUGUAAAGAGCUGUGAAAUAAUUACAAACUUCAUGGAUGAAUUGUGUUUUAGUUAUAAAUUAAAAAUGUCAUAUAUAUGGGUGGAGUUCCCACAAAAUGUUUAAAUAUGGAUUUUAAAAUUCAUGGAACAGAUCAUGUUGGAGAUUACUUGAUUGAACAAAUUCUUUGUUGUUGAUAUGUUUAAAGUGAGAGAUGAAAAAGUUUUGUAAACAAAGAUAAUAAGAACUAACCAUUUAUGAUGGCAGCUGCCCCAGGGGAAGUAACUCACCUCCCAGGGUCAAGUGAUGAUGUUGCACGAGUUGGUGAAGAUCCAAGGGAUGGAAAAAAGAAGAAAUUCCGUCCUUUUGUAGCUAUGAAGAAAUUCUUUAAAGGAGGUUCCAGUAAGAAGGGUAUUAAAUCUGAGAGUGCUGUAUCUAUAAAGUCUCGAUCAUUACAGGCAAUAACUCAACAGGAUGACAGUGAUGAUGAUGGAGGGUUUCGUAAGAGAUCAAGAAUGGGAGGCAGUAGAAGUAUGUCAGAGGACAGUGUCUUUAUACCAGAGGUCAAAGAACCAAAGAUGGACGCCAUUAGAAAGACAGCUAUCUCCAUGGAGUCACUUAAUAAAGAUUUCCAGAGUGAGCUCGCCAGUAAAUUAAAAAAGCGUUAUUCUCUCCACUCCAGUGAUGAUGAGGCUCUACCCCAAAGCCCCACCCCUCCCAUUACUACUGCUGAUAUUGUUAUGGGUGGUGGCUUAAAGCCCUUGAAAUCACCAAACAGAGGAAGUGAUAUAAGUAUAGACACAUCUGAAGCUGAAGAGGAUGAUCCAUUUACAACAGAUUGGAGGAAAUCAGUAGCCUCAGUGUCAGAAAGGAAAUCCUCUACACAAAGUCUUCCAGAUACUGUAGAAAUGGAUUUAGAUUUGUCAGCCAUAGGGAAGGAGACGUCAACACUGAGUAAUGAUGCUGCUCGACACAGGAUAUCAGUGAAACGUAACUUACCUAAACGUAGACCUUCAGGAACUAGGAAAACUAAGGAUGCCAAGAGGCACUCUGCUGCAUCACCUUUACCUCAAGUUAAAGAGGAGUCACCAACUAAAUCAGAUGACCAGAUAUCUCCCGUGACCCCUGAACCCUUGUCUCCGAAGUCUCCAGUCGCACUUAUAUCUCCCAAACCAUUGUCACCUAAACCAACAUCUCCUAAAUCUGAUCUCUUUAGUAAAUUUGAGGACAAGAUACCUGAGAGAACUCUUGUUCCAAUAGUACAUGUUGAAGAUGCAACUCCUAAAACACUUGAACAAAAGAAAGCAGACGAUCAUAAAACAGUGAUAUCAAUUGCCCAUGAAAGUGAAACAGGUCGUCAUAUAAGUUUUGGAUCGGGAACUAAACUGAAUGAUAAACCUGAUGAUAAACCUUCUAUAAAGUCCAUGAGUCUGGACAGAAAGACGAAUUAUAACAUGUCGGACUAUUCAAAGCCAACAGAUGAUAUUCGUCAUAUAGCCAAAUUAUCAAGGCAAAGACCAAAGAGUUUACAUGACUCAAUGUUACCCUCAAAUACUUCAGAGGCUGAUUCAGAAUUGUCUAAAACUUUCAAUAAAUUGAAGAAAAAUUAUGUAAAAGACGCAGAAAGUGCAAUACCAGCUGAUUCAAAACAAGAUACAGGAUUUGUGAUAGUUGGUAGUUUUAAAAAUAAGGAUAGAGAUAAAGAUAUUCCAUUUGGCGCUAGACGUCCCCAACCUAAAACUCAGUCUACGCCUUUUAAUGAGGGACUUUCUACCAAGCCUGAAGUAUCUACUACAACUACACAAGGUAAAUCAUCCUCGGCAAAAUCUGAUCUAGUCAACAAGCCAGCCGUUUCCCCCACAAAACAGAACAUUACAUAUGUUUUGACCAAGGAACCUCUAAAAUCUCAGUCCUCAUUGACAGGGGAUAAAAAAGACGGCUCUCCUACGAAGCCAAGUGUUGCCAUGGAAACUAAAUCAGAAAAGACUGAUUCUUACAAAACUCCUUUGAAACAAACAUUAAGUGAUGGUAAAAAGGAGUUGGAAAAAGAAAUCAUUAUUGAUACUAAAGGUGCUGAUAAUUCCAAAGAUCCUAAAUCAAACUAUGAAAACGUUAUCAUAAAUUUUAAAUCAGGAUCUGAAAACAAAACUAGUGACACCAAAGAAUCAGAAAAACCGAAGGACAAAGUUGUGAUUAUAAGUGCUAAUGAUAACAACAAAGAUGACUUGUCCUUGAAGGGUCGUAGUUCAAAUUACGAUAACAUUAUAAUUUCACCAAGUGAUGCUGCAGCUAACAAACUUGCAUCACCACGGGAAGAAUACAGAUUGAAAAGAGCGUCCAGGAGCCGUACACUACCAGAGCAGCCAGUUACAGCUGAGAUAUUGUCUGGUAAAACUACUUCCAGAAAAGAUUCACUUACGCAAAGUUUCAGAAUUAAAGAGGAGAGCUUAAAGACAAACAUUAUUUUAGAAACAUCUGAAACUAAACCUGAAGAUUCUAAGAAGACAAUGUCAACAAGUUUGAAUGCAUCUCAAACUACAGAUUCUACUCUACCGUUAUGGAAGCAAAAUUUAAAGAAACGACAAGAAGAUUCAAAGGAAAAAGAAAAUGAAUUGGCUAAGGAGAAGGAAAAAACACCAAAGGCAACUUUUGGAGGUAGACUGAGUUCAUUUUCAGAAUCUGUGAAGGAAAAAUCAACACCAAAAUCAGUGUUUUCAAGUGGAUCAGCAGCAGAACCUUCCAAAGAUAAAGCAGUGCCAAAAGUGUCUGAAUCUUUAGGUUUUAAGUCUAGUUUUAAAGGAAGUAGCUCAGGAUCAUCUGAGCCCCUGAAGGACACAAAAGUGAACAAACCUGCUUUCUCAGGCAUCAGUUCUAUGAACAAAGACAAUAAGGACAUGAAAAAUAACGAUAAAAAGACUGAAACAAAAAGUGAAGAAAAAUCUCAGACUUCUGCAUCAUCAUUUUCUAAAUCCUUUGGAGGUUCAACAAAAACAGCAUCUACAGGUCGUAACGUAAGUCUUGAUACACCGAAAGGAUGGAAACCUAGUUCUUCAAAGGUUAAAAUAGAAAUUAUAGAAAAGACAGAACCAAGUGAAGAGAGCAGUAAACCUCCCACUGGUCGUAUAACUACAGCAAAGAAAACAGAGGAGAAACCUGUGAAGACAGUAACUGAAAAAUGUGUUGACAGAAAAUCCAAGGUGUUAGAUAUGGUGAAGAAUUUCCAGAACCUUCAAGUCAGCUAGUCAUACUUACAGCAAGAUUUCUGUGCCUUGGUUGUUAACAUUCUUGUUCUAUCAUUUCAUUAGUAACACAGAGUUGUCUCCCUUAUAAAUACAAUAUUAUUUUACUAAUAGUUCCAGACAUAAUAUCACA